AUGUUGAUGUUCGCCAAGCCAACUUUGCCAUUUCCCCACGGUGGUGCUUUGCACUUAUGCACCCCCAAAAGAAAAAGGCAUCUUGUUUUCAUUGCCCAUGUAAGAGGUCAUCAGGUAAGGAAGCAGUAUAAAACUGUCAUCUGGUCGGUGGGAAUCCUGGAGAAGGUUAUAUUACGCUGGAGACGCAAGGGUAGUGGUCUACGUGGGUUUCGACCAGAAUCCCUUAAUAAAGCCCCCAGUCAACCAAAUGAUUCUUCGAAAGAGGAUGAUUAUGAUUUUCUAAAGGAAGGACGAAAACAAAAAGAGGAAAAGAUCCAAAAGGCUCUUUCUAGGGUGAAGUCCAUGGUCCAGUAUCCGGAGGCACGGGCUCAAUACCGGCGCGUGCUAAAUGUUGUCGAAGACUUCCGUCAAAAGAAGGAUUCUAAUAUGGGUUUGAUCAGUUCUGAAGAGACUGUUGAUGGUGUAGAGGAUUUGAUCGAUAUUGAUAUGCUUUUAGAUGAUGAUAAUUUCAUUCCCAUAGCAUUUGAUUGA